AUGGAAGGUGCCGACGCCUCCAGGAGCAAUGGGGCCAGCCCGGAAGCCAGGGAUGCCCGUAGUCCACCGGGUACCAACGGCAGCCUGGAGAACGGCACUAAAGGAGACAGCAAGGAUACCAAGACAACCAACGGGCACAGUGGGGAGGUGACGGAGGGCAAAACCCUGGGCAGUGCCCUGAAGUCAGGGGAGGGGAAGAGUGCCUUGUUUUCCAGCAAUGAGUGGCGCAGGCCUAUCAUCCAGUUUGUGGAGUCGGUGGAUGACAAAGGCUCCAACUACUUCAGCAUGGACUCUGCGGAAGGCAGGAGGUCUCCUUAUGCGGGGCUCCAGCUGGGGGCUUCCAAGAAGCCUCCCGUGUCCUUUGCUGAGAAGGGGGAGCUGCGAAAAUCCAUAUUCUCUGAGCCCCGCAAACCCACGGUGACCAUCGUGGAGCCAGGGGAAGUCCGCAGGAACAGCUACCCCAGGGCUGACUCCGGCCUCCUGCUGAGGUCUAAGUCGGGCUCCGAGGAGGUGCUGUGUGACUCCUGCAUCGGCAACAAGCAGAAGGCCGUCAAGUCCUGCUUGGUGUGUCAGGCUUCCUUCUGUGAGCUGCAUCUGAAGCCCCACCUGGAGGGUGCCGCCUUCCGUGACCACCAGCUGCUCGAGCCCAUCCGGGACUUCGAAGCCCGAAAGUGCCCCCUGCACGGCAAGACCAUGGAGCUCUUCUGUCAGACCGACCAGACCUGCAUCUGCUACCUCUGCAUGUUCCAGGAGCAUAAGAACCACAGCACUGUGACCGUGGAGGAGGCCAAGGCUGAGAAGGAGACCGAGCUGUCACUGCAGAAGGAGCAGCUGCAACUGAAAAUCAUUGAGAUUGAAGAUGAGGCUGAGAAGUGGCAGAAGGAGAAGGACCGGAUCAAGAGCUUUACCACCAAUGAGAAGGCCAUCUUGGAGCAGAGCUUCAGGGACCUGGUGAGGGACCUGGAGAAGCAAAAGGAAGAAGUAAGAGCUGCGCUGGAGCAGCGGGAACAGGAUGCUGUGGACCAAGUGAAAGUGAUCGUAGAUGCCCUGGAUGAGAGGGCCAAGGUGCUGCACGAGGACAAGCAGACCCGGGAGCAGCUGCAUAGCAUCAGCGACUCGGUGCUGUUUCUGCAGGAAUUUGGUGCAUUGAUGAGCAAUUACUCCCUCCCCCCACCUCUGCCCACCUACCAUGUCCUGCUGGAAGGAGAGGGCCUGGGACAGUCACUUGGCAACUUCAAGGAUGACCUGCUCAAUGUGUGCAUGCGCCAUGUUGAGAAGAUGUGCAAGGCUGAUCUGAGCCGCAAUUUCAUUGAGAGGAACCAUAUGGAGAAUGGUGGUGACCAUCGUUACAUGAACAGCUACACAAGCAGCUUUGGGAAUGAGUGGAGCACGCCCGACACCAUGAAGAGAUAUUCCAUGUACCUCACACCCAAGGGGGGGGGCCGGACAUCUUACCAGCCAUCAUCGCCCAGCCGUCUCUCCAAGGAGACCAACCAGAAGAAUUUCAACAAUCUGUACGGCACAAAAGGUAACUAUACCUCCAGGGUCUGGGAGUACUCGUCCACUGUUCAGAACUCUGAGGACAUGCCCAUUGUGCAGGGCAACUCCUCCUUCUCCUUGAAAGGCUAUCCCUCCCUCCUCCGGAGCCAGGCUCCCAAGGCCCAGCCUCAGACUUGGAAAUCUGGCAAGCAGACUUUGCUGUCUCACUACCGGCCAUUCUACGUCAACAAAGGCAAUGGGAUGGGGUCCAACGAGGCCCCCUGAGUCCAACGAGGAGCUCCACAACCCCGUUCUCCCUGCGCCCCUGCUUUCCAAGAUGCUGCGUUCUUGCGGGGCAG